CCGGCCCGCGUGAGUGGCGUCUUGCGCCGGUUGCGGGCCGGGGACUGAUAUCGGCGCGCUGUGUUGUGCAGGUUUUCGCGAGUUACCCUACCAUUACCAGGACCAUGGCCACCGACUCGUGGGCCCUGGCGGUGGACGAACAGGAGGCGGCUGUCAAAUCGAUGAGCAGUUUGCAGAUCAAGGAAGAGAAGGUCAAACCAGAUACCAAUGGUGUUAUCAAAACCAGUACCACUGCAGAGAAGACAGAUGAAGAAGAGAAAGAGGACAGAGCUGCCCAGUCUUUACUCAACAAGCUGAUCCGAAGCAACCUUGUGGAUAACACUAACCAAGUGGAAGUCCUGCAGCGGGAUCCGAACUCCCCGCUCUACUCAGUGAAGUCUUUUGAAGAGCUUCGACUGAAGCCACAGCUUCUCCAGGGAGUCUAUGCCAUGGGCUUCAAUCGACCAUCCAAGAUACAAGAGAAUGCGUUACCCAUGAUGCUUGCUGAACCCCCACAGAACCUGAUUGCCCAGUCUCAGUCUGGCACUGGAAAAACAGCUGCCUUUGUCCUGGCCAUGCUUAGCAGAGUAGAACCAGCAGACAGAUACCCUCAGUGUCUCUGCCUCUCCCCUACAUAUGAAUUGGCACUUCAAACAGGAAAAGUGAUUGAGCAGAUGGGCAAAUUUCAUCCAGAACUAAAGCUUGCUUAUGCUGUUCGAGGCAAUAAAUUGGAAAGGGGUCAGAAGAUCAGUGAGCAGAUUGUCAUUGGUACCCCUGGGACUGUCCUGGACUGGUGCUCCAAGCUCAGGUUCAUUGACCCUAAGAGGAUCAAGGUAUUUGUUCUGGAUGAGGCCGACGUGAUGAUAGCCACUCAAGGCCACCAAGAUCAGAGCAUCCGCAUCCAGAGGAUGCUGCCCAGGAACUGCCAGAUGUUGCUUUUCUCUGCCACCUUUGAAGACUCUGUGUGGAAGUUUGCCCAGAAAGUGGUCCCAGACCCUAACAUUAUCAAACUGAAGCGUGAGGAGGAGACAUUGGACACCAUUAAGCAGUAUUAUGUCCUGUGCAAUAACAGAGACGAGAAGUUCCAGGCCUUGUGCAACCUGUAUGGGGCCAUCACCAUCGCACAAGCCAUGAUCUUCUGCCAUACCCGCAAAACAGCUAGUUGGUUGGCAGCAGAGCUCUCAAAAGAAGGCCACCAGGUGGCUCUGCUGAGUGGAGAAAUGAUGGUGGAGCAGAGGGCUGCUGUGAUUGAGCGCUUCCGAGAGGGCAAAGAGAAGGUUCUGGUGACCACCAAUGUGUGUGCUCGUGGCAUCGAUGUUGAACAAGUUUCUGUCGUCAUCAACUUCGAUCUUCCUGUGGACAAGGACGGGAACCCAGACAACGAGACCUACCUGCACCGGAUUGGGCGCACUGGCCGCUUUGGCAAGAGAGGCCUGGCCGUGAACAUGGUUGACAGCAAGCACAGCAUGAACAUCCUGAACAGAAUCCAGGAACAUUUUAAUAAGAAGAUAGAAAGAUUGGACACAGACGAUUUGGACGAGAUUGAGAAAAUAGCCAACUGAGAAGCUCUACCAGCCGCUGGUGCCCGCCCUCGGGGCUGCCCCUGCCCAGGAGACGAGUGCUUUCAUGGCACAGGCCUCAACUGUCACCACAAAGACAAAGGCAUGAGGAGAGAAGCUACCUACCUCAUUUUAAAUUAUGUUUGGACUUGACAAAAAUGUGUGCAAAUAAUGGGAGACAAUUGAAAUUUUGCAUUUUGGAAAUAGUCCUAAAUUCCCCCCUUUUAAAAUAUGAUUUUCCCUAUCUUUAUAGUAAUCUGGUUGCUGAUGGUAAUCACUUAUCCAGGGCCUCCCUACCUACCGUCUUUCUGGCAGGGGGGCUUAGGACCAGCCUACAGCCCUUAAGAAAUGACAGGUAGAUGUCCUCAGGAGAGGCAGGGCAAGACAUGAGUAUUGUCCCACACCAUGGGUGGAGUGAAGCCGGAGGCUUCUGCACUGCCCCUCUCCUGUACUUGUUGUGAAUGUUUCUCCUACCCUCAAAUAUCAUCCUGCUGGUUGCUUUACCUUUGCUGUCUGUCUGCAUUGGAAGCUUCCCUCUUUCUCCCUGAUGAACACCAUGGCUCCUUUUAUGAACUUGAGAUUUGGGAAGAAGCAUGGAAGUCAGUGAGAUUGUUUUGGCACGAGUGGUCAAAUUCUUUGAGGAUCUGGGCCUGCUUUCCCCUUUCUAUUUCUCCAAAUACUGUGGGUCCUGGUUGUGGCCACCAGGAGACUUGGCCCAGUUAGCUAGUUCUUAUCCAUGGGGUGUCAUGCGGUGCCUGGAGCUGAGCAGAGUUUGGAAAGGAAGUUGUGACCAAGUGAAACUCUAAUUAUGCUGUUAUCCAUAAUAGUGGACUUUUUUGGGUACUUAAUUCAUACAUUAUAUGUAUGAAUAAGGACAGAUAAAUUAUAUGCAUCAUUCAUUAUAAGAAAUUUUAAAGUAAUUAUGAGAAAGGCUUUACUAAUCAUGAUUUAUUUGUAUUUUUCUGCUUAUUAGACUAAUAUAUGCUCAUUAAAAAUAUGUGCAUCUAUAUAUAAUGUGAAAAUGCUCCCUGCCCUUCAGUAGGGGGUCAUAUUGCCUUCUAUGCAAGAGCAACCCAACUUUCUUUUGCAGAAGUAUGAUUGUGCUCUUUGUGCAAUUAUGCAGUCUGCUUUUUUACUGGUCACCAUGUCUUAGACAUGUUGACCCAUCUAGCAUACAUCUACUUCACUCUGGAAAAUGGCAUCACUCCAGCGUGUAAGCAGUCCUGGCAUUUAUAUCCUGGUGGCUCCAAUGAUAGGCACUGGAAGUUUCCAGCGUGCAAGGUUACCCACAGUGCCACAGUGAAUACUUUGUCCUUGUCUUGAAGCACUGGUAAGAAUUGCUCUAGGAUAUAUUCCUGGAAGAAGAACUGCUGGGUCAAAGAAUGGAAAUAUUUAAAUUCCUAAUACAUUGCCAGUUAUUCCUGCCAAAAAGCUUUUUCCUAUUUGUUAUUACAGUAAUACAAAAAUACUUAUUUACUCUUACCUACUUGCCAACUUUAUUUUUAAAAUGCCAGUCGGAGUAGCAAAAUGUCAUUGCUAUUUUUUUUUUUAAUUUACUGAGCCUUGGCAAAUUUAUAGUUUAUUGGAUAAUUUUAUUUUCUCUUUUUGAAGCUGCCCAUUCUUGCUUUACUAUUGGGGUAUAAGUCCUUAGUGGGUUUUAGCUCCCUGUUCAUGCUGGGGCAAUUAGACUUUGUUUAAGUGAUGGAUGUUUGUUUUCUUAGUGUUGUUUUGUUUUGUUAAUUUUUUUUAGUUGUUGAUGAACCUUUAUUUAUUUUUAUGUGUUGCUGAGAAUGGAACCCAGUGCCUCACACAUGAUAAGCAAGUGCUCUAUCACUGAGUUACAAUCCCAUCCCCUUCUUCAUGUUUCUUUACAAGUUCAUUUUUUUAAACAUGCCACACAAAAGUUUAUUUUUAAGUGGGUAGGGAUGGAACCCACUGUACAUGCUAGGCAAGUGCUCUACCACUGAGCUAUCCCCAGUCCAAAAGUAAAAUUUCAAUGUUAAGAUUCCAUAUUUUUGAGAAAUUUGGAUUUUAUGUUAUGACUAGAAAAAUUUUCUUCAUACUAUAAAAAAUUUACUCAUAUUUCCUGUAUAGACAAUUGUUGAGCAAUACAUUUUUUUUUUUAGUUCUGUUGACCUUAAAAUGUCAUUAGCUGGACCAGGCACAGUGGCCACAAGCUUGUAAUCCCAGCUAUUCAGGAAGCUGAGGCAGGAGGAUUACAAGUUAAGGCCAAGCUGGGCAAUUUAGCAAGACCCUGUCUCAAAAAAGUUUAAAAAGUAGCUUAGUGGUAGAGUGCUUGCUUAGCAUAUGCAAAGCCCACAGUUCCAUCCCCAGGAUGCAAAAAAUAAAUUUAGGCAGACA